UCCUCCGUCUGCUUCUCUUGAGCUCAGCAGCGACAGCAACGCUUGUCAGGCUCCGACAUUCGUUAUAGGUCUCCCCGGAGGCUCUCUGUUGCCUUGCUGCCGCUCCACGCCUUGUCAUCUAUUGUACAAGACAGGCAGCGCUGCCGACACGCCAACUGAACAUGGUUCGCGGAACUGUUGUGCUGUCGCUUUUUGCGGCUGCUUGCGCCGCAAGGUCCAGCAGCAACCCCGCCGAGGGUCUUGCUGUCGCCCCUGUCGUUCACGGCGCCUACAUUGUCGAGUACGAGGACGGCCACGAUGAUCUCGCCAAGUUCAAAGACACCAUUUCGCCCGACGCCGAGGUGAAGAUGGACCUCAGGUCCAAGGUCUUCACGGGCGCUUCCAUUGUCUUCCACGACAAGGACCACGUCGAAGAGACGGCCGAGAAGGUGGCCGCUCUGCCGGCUGUCAAGCGCAUGUGGCCUGUCAGGCGGUACAACAUCCCCGACUACAAGGUCGAGUGGGCCGGCAACCUACCCGACGCCCAGUCGCGCGAGCUGUUGCGCCGCCAGGGCUCUGCCGGCAACGACACCUUCUCGCCUCACGUCAUGACGCAGGUCAACCAGCUCAGGAACAAGGGCGUCACCGGCAAGGGCAUCAAGGUCGCCGUCAUCGACAGCGGAAUUGACUACAAGCACCCGGCCCUGGGCGGCUGCUUCGGACCGGGCUGCCUGGUCUCGUUCGGAUACGACCUGGUCGGUGACGACUACAAUUCGACCAAUCUCCCCGUGCCCGACGCCGACCCCAUGGACUGCGGCGGCCACGGAACACACGUCGCCGGCAUCAUCGCGGCCCAGACCAACAACCCAUUUGGCAUCGUCGGCGCGGCGGCGGACGUGACGCUUGGCAUGUUCCGCGUCUUUGGCUGCAAGGGCGGGGCCAACGAUGACGUCUUGAUCAAGGCCUACUCCAUGGCCUACGAGUCCGGAGCGGACCUGAUCACUGCCUCGAUUGGAGGGCCGUCGGGCUGGUCCGAGAACGCGUGGUCGGUCGUGGUGUCCAGGAUUGUCGAGCUGGGCGUGCCUUGCAUCGUAGCCGCCGGCAACGAGGGCGACGCCGGCCUGUUCUAUGCUAGCACCGCUGCUGACGGCAAGCGUGUCACGGCCGUCGCGUCCUUCGACAACACCCUCACGCCCACGCUCUUCACCAACGCAAAGUACACCAUCGAAGGCGCCGCCGACACCACCUUUGGCUUUGUCCCCAGCGCCCCCGCGGCCUGGGGUGGCGUGACCCUCCCUCUGUGGUCUGUCGGCUUCGACAUUACCGAUCCUGCCAACGCCUGCAACUCCCUCCCGGCCGACACGCCCGACCUGAGCAAGCACAUCGUGCUCAUACGCCGCGGCACCUGUGCCUUCACCCAAAAGGCGACCAACGCGGUGGCCAAGGGCGCCCGCUACAUCGUCUUCUACAACAACGUCCCCGCCGGCGCCCCCGCGACCGACCUCGGCAGCGUCUCGGGAAUUCUCGCCGCGGCUGCCGUCGAUGCGGCUACGGGCGCCACAUGGGUCGCGGCGCUGAAAGCGGGCAAAAAGGUCACGCUGGCCAUGGUGGACCCCAACUCGUCCCCCAAGAUCAUGAUCACCCAGCCAAACAACUUGACGGGCGGCUACGCCAGCGACUUUACCACCUGGGGCCCCACGUACGAGGCCGAGCUCAAACCGCAGGUAGCCGCGCCCGGAGGCAACAUCCUGUCGACCUACCCGUUGGCCAAGGGCGCCUACGCCUCCCUCUCGGGCACCUCAAUGGCCACCCCGCUCACGGCGGCCGUUUACGCGCUCAUCAUGAACAUCCGCGGCACCAAGGACCCCAAGACCAUCGAGAACCUGCUCGCCUCGACGGCCAAGCCCGCCAUGUUCAACAGCGGCAGCGGCCCCCUGCCCUACCUCGCCCCCGCCGUCCAGCAGGGCGCCGGUCUGAUCCAGGCCAGCGACGCCGCCUACGCCACCACGCUCCUCAGCGCCAGCGGCAUCACCUUCAACGACACGGACCACUUCCAGCCGGUCCAGAACUUCACCAUCAGCAACACUGGCAGCUCCGCCGUCACCUACACCCUCUCGAGCCGCGGCGCCGGCACCGCCUACACGUUUGAAGACCCCACCACCCUCUUCCCGGCCGUGUUCCCUAACGAGAUCGUCGAGAGCUACGCGAGCAUCGUCUUCAACGAGGCCAGCUUCACCGUCCCCGCCGGUGGCCGCAAGCUCGUCGGCCUGACGGCCACGCCCCCAUCGGGCCUCGACGCCGCGCGCCUGGCCGUCUACUCGGGCUACCUGCUCGUCAACGGCUCCGACGGCUCGGCCCUGUCGCUCCCCUACAUGGGCGUCUACGGCAGCAUCCACUCGCACGCCACCCUGGACCCCAACACCACGUACCUGGCCGCCUUCCGCCCGGCCACGGACCCGUCGGGCACCGGCGCGCCCCCGGCCCCGGCCGUGGCGGCCAACAAGACCUUCAUCCUCCCGCCGCGCGGCCAGUCCAACAAUACGCUCUACGCCCCGCGCGUCGACCAGCCGAACGUGUCGAUCAACCUGGCCUUUGGCUCGCCCCUCAUCGAGGCCCACGUGGUGCCGCUCGACGUGUGCGGCGGCAAGGCGGCCGCCAACGCCACCACCACGGCCCUGGGCGGCCUCGAGACGGUCGGCCAGAUGGACGGCUUCCCCUUGCGCUACCAGGCGCGCGGCCGCCAGUUCCAGACCUGGGACGGCCUCCUCAGCACGGGCCAGUACGCCGCCCCGGGCCUGUACAAGAUCGCCGUCCGCUCGCUCCGCGUCUUUGGCGACCCGGCCAAGCUGGAGCACUACGACGUUGCCGAGACGGUGCCCUUUAGGAUUCGAUACCUCAAGGCCUAGUUUUGGGCAUGUCCUUGUUAGUCACGGUGUGUAAGACCAUGAUAUAAUGAAGUACUACAUCAAGAUAUAGAAUAAUACAUUCGUUUGUUGGUAGGAUGUCGGUACUCGUGUACCUAGACCCCGAGGGAUAUUUGGCGAGAAUAACUGUGUCUUGUGCAUCGUUUAUUAUGCACACCACACCGGCAUUUCUCCCCACUGUUUCUCCGGCCGGACAUCGAGCAUCAAGCGUCUACUGACCGUUAUAAUACCCUCGCAUUGCCUCGUUUUUGUCACGUCCGUUUUUAAAUACCCAGCAGUCACGCAAACUGUGGAUCCAACUCAUUGCCGAUUUUCCUGUUGUGAGGUGU